AUGUUUCUUCCCGAGGACCUCCUCUUCAAGUCGGGCCAGCUUGCCCGCGUCUGGCUCGCCGCCAACCAGCACAAGAAGCUCACCAAGGCCCAAGUCUUGCAGGACAAGAUCGAUGAAGACAUCCAGGUCAUCAUCCGGCCCGAGGGCGCUGCUGGUGGCCCGCUGGCAUUGCGCUUGAACGGCCAGCUGCUGCUCGGUGUCGUGCGCAUCUACCACAGGAAGGCGCACUACCUGCACGACGACUGCAACGACGCGUUGUGGAAGAUCAAGAUGGCUUUCCGCCCGGGAAACAUCGACCUGCCCGCGCAGACACACGUCGCUAACCCUACAAGUCUGACACUGCCCGACAUGAUCACGGAUCUUGACCUGCUCGCGCCCAUGCCCGACCCAGCCUUGCUCCUGUCGCAGACGCUCGACGGAGACCUUGCCUUUGGAAACACCACCCUGUCAGAUUGGGACGCCAGCCAGUUUCUGUCUCACAGUGUCGAGCAACCACGCCAGCCCGAGAUGGAACUGGACGACGAGGACCAGCUCAGGCUCGACAUUGGCGAAGACUUCGAGCCUCUCCACCUACCGUUCGACGAAGGCACCAGCAUCGAAGUCGCACGUCGCGAAUCCCUUCAGCGACCCAGGGAGGAAGAGUUCGGCACAGAGCUAAAGGACCUGCGCGACGACAUGGAAUUCCAGGUGGACACUGGCGAAGACAUGACCGACCUGGCACACGGCACGGAACUCAAUCUCGGUCUAGACACCGAAAUGGGUGGUAUGGCCGGCACGGAAUUGCCACUCCCCCUGCCAUCUUCCGUGGCUGGAGAUGACGUGCCACAACUUACUCGCGAAGACUCGCCGUUAUCCGAGCUUGGCGAGGAGGAAGCUACUCGCCUUGCCCAAGAAGUUGCCGAGCAAGAUCCCACCGUGUUCGAGCCUGAGCAGGAGGAAGAAUCGAUCCACCAGGCCAGGGCCAAGCGCAGAAAGGUCAUCACCCAGGAUGCCGAAACCAUGAUCUCGACCGCCCAGCUCAGGGAUCAGCAAACGAAUCGUGACAAGAUCCUGAAGCAGGCGUCGUUCCUACCGCGCGACCCGCUCUUGAUGGCACUGCUUAACAUGCAGAGGUCCGGUGGCUUUGUUUCUAGCAUUCUGGGCGACGGCCGAAGUCAAGGCUGGGCUCCUGAAUUGAGAGGCAUUCUUUCGUUGGAGCUUGUUUCGCGUCCUAGCAAGCGCAAGCGCGACAACGCCAUUGCAGGUCUUGAACAGACUGAAGGCGAAGCCGCUGUCGAGGUGGAGAAGACGCCGCAGCUUGAGAUCGAACAGGACGAGCCGACAUUGGGGGUGGAUGACUUCAACCUCGGCGGCGAUCCUACAAUCGUUGAAGACGACGAGAUCAUCCACCUCCCUAGCGAUAUCGGCGCGCGACCAGUCGAGGAAGAGGAAGACGAGGCCUUCUCUCCCAUCCCCGACAACUUUGACGACACAACCGUCCCGCUGUACCACCCAGCUGAGAGCGGCCCCAUCUCGCUAGGCACCAAGCAUGCCGUUCACCUCCUGCGGGAACAGUUUGGCCCGGAUGCAGAGGAGAGCGAAUCGAUGCGACAGAAGAACACAAUCGUCUUCCAGGAGCUGCUUCCCGAGGCCCAGACAUCACGAGCCGACGCUACCAAGAUGUUCUUCGAAGUCUUGGUUCUCGCCACAAAGGAUGCAAUCAAGGUCGAGCAGCCAGGCACCGCGCUGGGAGGACCGCUCCGCAUUCGCGCAAAGCGUGGCCUCUGGGGGCAGUGGGCCGAGACGGCUGCUAGCGGUGAGCUGGCCUCGCAAAGCCAGGCUGCUGCGCAGACAACAGCAGUCGAUGCACCUGCGGAGAGCAUUCUUGCUGGCCCGGCUGAGGUUUCUGUUUCCGCGUAA